AGCGAAAAGAAACAAAAAGAUUCGUUAGGCGCGAAGUUAACAGAAAAUUUCUUUAAAAUUCUUUAAUAGUAAAAAAAUUAACAUAAAGUGAAAUUAAAUCUGAGUUUAGGAAAAUCAUAGCAACCAUUCGAUCUAAAAUCCGGAAACCAGUAUGUCUACGAACAAACAGCGAACAACCAUGCCCCGUAGAACGGAGGAGUUUGAUUUUUCCGCGCCGUCGUCGUCAGUGAAGAAACAACCUGGGCAACGUUUGAGCCGCAUCGCCCAACCCGUCCGGAAACUUUCAAAGGCUGGCUUAGCCGUCCCUCACGGGUUGAAUGAAAAUUCCCGUUCAAAUUCCAUCGAUCGCCUAUCGGCUCUGCCAAAUUCAGCCCAAAUAACUCCGGCAACUACCCGCAAGACAGGACUGUCCACCAGAAGUCUAAACUACACUCCGGCUAGCAGAACUCCGCUAAAAAGUUGCGAAAAUGCUACCUCGGUUCCAUCAACCGUCGAGAGAGACAAACCACCGGUGGAAAACCGUGACUGGCUUGCGGCUCAGUGUGAACGUAUCUGUGACUAUCUCGUAACGGUACCAGGUCUUCCGCAGGAUUUCAUCGAGCGCAGAAAUCUAAAAGCGAUGUCAACAAAACAGUUUCUGGUUAUCGUGGCCUAUUUAUUUCGACAGAUCGGAGGCAGUCGCUACAAGCUCGGUACCAAUUUCCUGGAAGAUAUAAUGAAAACAAUGAAUGAGCUAGAAUAUCCAUAUACGAUUAGCAGAUCGAUGCUGAAAACUCCUAACGUGCCUCAUUCCAUUAACAACAUAAUCGUGAUGAUUGGUUGGCUGGUGCAGUUGGCUCCGCAGGCGGACAGGAAGGUAAAUUCUUUGAAGCGCGACGUGCAUAUUUCGGAAGAUUUUCCUACCACUGAAUAUCAGGAGUUCUUUUUCAAAAAGGCUGAAGAUGGUUUCGGUCUUUGGAAUCUUAAAAAAGAAGAUGAGUUUGCUGCAAUCGUACAGGAGCUAACAGAUAAACUUGUGGCAGCUCGUACUAAUGGCAUGACACAGCAGCAGGUUUGGAAACGUAUUGCUGAACUGGAACAAGAACUACAGGAGAUCAAUAAUCAGUCGAUUCAGCAAGGUCGCGAACAAAGCAUGGAUGGGAUAAAUAAAGCUAUCCAGGAACAACAACAGUUGGGGAAAAAACUAAAUGGCGAGUUGAAAUGCUUACUGGAAGAAGCAAAUAAAGCUGAAGAAGAUUAUUACCGAAAUCAGGAGGAAUUUUAUGUUAUAAUGAAAAAAAUGGAACAAUUGAAGCAGGAGAUUGAAGCGCAGCAGUUAAGUGCCAGCGAACGAGAUGAAUUGGUACACUCGAUUGGUGCCAAUAAAAACCUAUUGACAGCAAAGCGACUGGCUGUUAGCACGCUGGAGCAUACUUGCUUCGAGCACCAGAUUUCUGUCUCACGACUAAUAAAGCAAAAGUUUACACUGAUCUCAACUUUAAAUACCCGCCUUCAUCAGUUCGCAGACAGUCUGAAACCAAUGAUUAAUUAUUCCGCGCCGUUGGUCGAUUUAAAGACGGAAAACUACACCGAUCUUCUAGCAGAUUUACAUACAAUCAAAUCGCAAUUAGCCACCGUCAUCACCGAGCAAUCUAUCCUGUAUGGCAGCAUGAACGAAGAAAAAUCCGAGCUAGAACAGAAACUUUCCGAUCUGCAAAUUCAGCAUAUCGCGAUUGAGAAAUCUCUUCAGGAAUGCACUGGCCGAUACGAACAGCUUCAGAAACAAAGGGAAGACAUCGUACAGCAGCUAAGCAGCGCGUCGGUUGAAAAUUCGCAGGCAUCUUACCGGAAGCAAGAGGACCGCGAGCAGUUAGAUCGAAAGAUUGCCGAUCUUCAGCAGCAGUGCGAGCAAAAUCGGAAAGCGAUCGAGAAGCUGAAUUACGACAAGCAGAAGCUGAUGGUUGAGAAGUUGGAAGAGUGUCAGGAGGUGCUUAACGAGAAGAAGCGGAUGCAGAAGGAAAUGACGGAUAUGAUAGAGGCAAUGGAAGCGGAGAUUGCAGGCAUGGAGCGAGCGCUUGAUGAAUAAGCUUUAAGGUUUUAUCACUUUUGAAUGCUGUUAAUUUUAGGGGUUAAUUAAGUACAAAUUAGAUACGAAUUUGGUCUUUACGCAUAUGGACCAGCAGAAUACAUUUUAAC